UAAAUCUAGGUGUGCGGGGAACCUAGCGGAGGCGUCUUGGGUAGAAAAACCUCUCCCCAGAGGCCAGGCACACCUGAUCACGGCCCCGCACUACCCUUUUCUGGCAUCUGGGACGCUGCUUCCUAGUGUGGAUGGAACUUCCUGUGCACGUCUUCAGCGCACGCGCCCUCGGCUCCCUGUGCGCAUGCGCGGUCACCCCCGCGCUGACGUCGUGUGCCCCAGCCUGGGCGGCGGUGGCUCUGGGUGAAGAGGUGUUCGGCUGCUACCCAGGGUCCCGCGGGGCCCGCCUCUCCACGCUCGCCUGCGGGUCAUUGCGCCUGGCCUGGUGUCCGCCUCCUCCCCUCGACCUCUGGGUCUCCUCCGGGGUGUUUCCACACUAGAGCCCCCCCCCUUUUCUCCUCUCUUCUCUCUCUCUCUCUCUUCCCUCCCCUCUAAGAAUGAAACAUGACUGAAGACUCUCAGAGAAACUUUCGUUCAGUAUAUUAUGAGAAAGUGGGGUUUCGUGGAGUUGAAGAAAAGAAAUCAUUGGAAAUUCUCCUAAAAGAUGACAGGCUGGAUAUUGAGAAGCUUUGUACUUUUAGCCAGAGGUUCCCUCUCCCAUCCAUGUACCGUGCAUUGGUGUGGAAGGUUCUUCUAGGGAUCCUGCCUCCACACCAUGAGUCCCAUGCUCAGGUGAUGGUGUAUCGCAAAGAUCAGUACUCUGAUGUCCUUCACGCCCUGAAAGUCAUUCGCUUCAUCAGUGAUGCCACGCCUCAGGUGGAAGUCUCUCUCCGAAUGUAUCAACUGGAGUAUGGCAGGUUGCCUCGAAGUCCCUCCUUUCCACGGGAGCCAGAGGAUGAAGUAUUUCUUGCCAUUGCCAAAGCCAUGGAAGAGAUGGUGGAAGAUAAUGUCGACUGUUACUGGAUCAUCCGAUGCUUUGUGAACCAGUUAAACAACAAGUACCGGGAUUAUUUACCCCAGCUGCCGAAGGCUUUUGAGCAGUACUUGAGCUUGGAAGACAGCAGGCUGCUGAGUCACCUGAGGACGUGUUCUGCAGUGUCCAGACUUCCUUAUGACCUCUGGUUCCGGAGGUGCUUUGCUGGCUGCCUGCCCGAAUCUAGCUUACAAAGGGUUUGGGAUAAAGUUGUCAGUGGAUCCUGUAAGAUCCUAGUCUUUGUAGCUGUGGAAAUUUUAUUAACUUUUAAAAUAAAAGUGAUGGCACUGAACAGUGCAGAGAAGAUAACAAGGUUCCUGGAAAAUGGCAACCACAAGGAGAAUGUGACCAGAGAAGGACAUGGAAAAAUCCUUCAAGAAGCUUGUCCUGACUGAACAGAACUCCAAAUGGAAUAUACCAGCAAGCACUUAAUGUUCAAAAUUCAAGAUCAUCACUACAAUUAGGGAUUCCUGUGUAGCUGACCAAGAGUGUAAACCACGUGCUCUCAGGCUUGUGAGCGCUCACACUGACCUUUGGACACUGUCUUUCUGGUGUCCACCAUUCUCUUCCUGGAGUGCUAACCUGUCCUUGGCAAUUGGAAGCCUAUCUUUUUCCUCUCCUGCUUGCCCUCUGGACACCAUGCUGAGGGAGG